CUGGCCGUGCAACGGUUUCUCCGCAGUGACGCGCAAGCUGCUGCCGAGGACGCGACGUGACGCCGAACGUUGGACGCGCACGGCUGGAGCCGCCUGCGGCUGUUCCGUCGCCCAUUUUGACCGCUUUCGCAUUUUAUACCGAUUAAUCGAGAAUCACCGGUGUGAUGGGAGAGCUGUUUUUUAUGCGGCGAAUUAAUCAUUGCGCCGAUCGAUCGUUUGCGUGACUUUUUAAGUUCGACUUCUUUUCACGCUUCAGUUGAAAGAUUAUUCUUCCAUCGCCGCUUUCUGAGAGUAACAAGGUGCGAGAUCGAAUCGGGAAGCGAAAGGAAGAAGGAAAAUCAAGCGAGAGAUCGAGGAAAAUCUUGAAGCAUGUUUGACACGGAGAGGUUUAUCGAGGAGAUAGAGAGGCGACCGGCGAUCUACGAUGUGAAUCGCGGCGAGUACAACGACCGUAAUGCCAAGAUGACUGCGUGGGACGAGGUCUGCCAGGUGAUGGUACCGAAUUGGGCGCGCUUGACAGACGAGGAGAGAAACGUGGAAGAGAAAAAUUUGCGCGGAAAAUGGAGGAAUAUACGAGAUUACUUUAUGAAAGAGCUCAAACUUCAAAAAUCGCAAAAGUCCGGACCUGCCGGACGAAAACGGAAGAAAUACAUGUAUUUCGAUCGAUUGCUGUUUCUUAUGCCGACGGUGGAAAACAAAAGUUCUGUGAUGAUCUCUUGCAAGUCGGAAGAGAGCGAAGGCGAGAUGGACAACCCCGUGAUCGAGGAAUACGAUCCUCUUUCUCAAUCAGGCGCUUCCGUAACAGGCAGCAGAGAGUAUCUUCAAGCAGGCACUCCAUCCUACAAGGUGUGUCCACGUUAUUCGAAACAGCUCUGCGAGACGUCUUUUACGCCCUUCGACAACGAAAUACACGACAUCCUCUCCUCGCAUAGCAGCCAACGCGUUACCCUCGAUGAGGAUGAUUACGAUAAAAUGUUUCUCCUAUCGUUGUUGCCGAUUAUUAGACAGGUGCCAGAAGAAAAGAAACUGGAUGUCAGGAUACAAAUGCAACAAGUCCUGGCUAUGGCGCUCCGCUCGUCUGAUAAUAAGUGAGUCAUCUGGUAUGUUUCCUUGGGGAGGGGGAAGGAAAGGAAAGGAAAAGAGUGAACACGUGCCGAGAGGGAAAAGAUUUUACGAUGAUUUGAUUAUAUCAUUUACCUCUAUCCCGUUUUAAUAUUUUAUAUAUCUCUAAUACGUUAUUUUUUAUGGAUUUUUUUACGAUAAAAAUGAAUUAAUAUUUAAUAUCGUCCUUCUCUUUUUUUCCUAUAAUAUAUAAAAUUCAAUUCGUUCUAAUAAAUAUUUAUUAAAGAUGGUUUGAUUAUUAUAUCUCUCUUAUUGCUUGUCAUUAUAACCAUAUGUUUGGCAAAAAAAUAGUUUGAAAUGUCUAAAAUAUUAACAUAAGUUCUCCGAUAAUAUAGACAUGGCGUGAUUAUAGUACAUAUAGCAUAUACAUAUACGAUGCAGAUUUUAUAGCUAUAAUCUACCGAAAAUAUAUGUUUAAAUAUUAUGUUUAAAUAUUUUAGCAUAAGAUACAAGAUUAUAAAAAAAAAACUCUAGAAUAUAUAACUAAUAAAUUUUAUACUAUUUAAAAUAAGCAUAAAUAUAUAAAUAUACUGUGAUAUUAAAUUCUACUUGACAAUCGAAGAAACAAAGUAACUGUACACGCAAUAUAGCGGAAUCUUGUCUUGAUGAGAUGACUUAAUUGAAAUAUAUAAUAUCACACAAUG